CCCAGUCCCAGAUAGUUUUCUCACCAUUUCCGUAUUUUACUUCACCUUUAGUGGGUAGUGGUUACAUGAUAUCAGCACACUUUCACUCACUGUGCUUUCCCGUGACACGCAUCUAUACUUGUCCAGAAGAAGUAAGAUCCAUGAACUAACAUUCCCACACGCUCGCUUCACCAUAUUUGCCACCCUUUUAACCUCACUUCUUAGGGUUAUUUUGCUCCCUUUUCCUUGUUUGGGAAUUGGGUUUGGUUUGGUUUUUCUUGGUUGUAAAAGGAAACAAAGAAAGAACUAAGAUGGGAAGAGGUAGGGUACAGCUGAAGAGGAUAGAGAACAAGAUCAAUCGCCAGGUAACUUUCUCCAAAAGGAGAGGUGGGUUGCUCAAGAAAGCUCAUGAAAUAUCUGUACUCUGUGAUGCUGAGGUAGCUUUGAUUAUCUUCUCUCACAAAGGAAAGCUCUUUGAGUAUGCUACUGAUUCAUGCAUGGAGAAGAUACUGGAACGCCAUGAAAGGUAUGCCUAUGCAGAGAGGCAGCUAGUAGCAAAUGAUUCUGAGACACAGGAAAACUGGACCAUUGAAUACACUAGACUGAAGGCAAAAAUUGACCUUUUACAGAGAAACCACAGGCACUAUAUGGGAGAAGAUUUGGCUUCAAUGAGCCUCAAAGAGCUUCAGAGUUUGGAGCAGCAGUUGGAUACUGGUAUCAAAAACAUCCGCACAAGGAGGAAUGAUCUCAUGUCCGAGUCCAUUUCUGAGCUUCAGAAAAAGGAGAAAAGGAUACAAGAGGAGAAUAACACCCUUGCAAAGAAGAUCAAGGAGAAAGAGCAGGCUGUAGCACAGCAAGCUGCACAAUGGGAGCAGCCAAACUACAGGGUUGAUACAUCUUUCAUGCCACAGCAGCAACCCCUUCCCACCAGUUUGAACAUAUGUGGCAAUAAUUACUGCCAGGAAGCUGCACCAGAACUAGGAAGGAACGGUCUAGACCUGACCCUGGAACCACUCUAUUCUUGCAACCUUGGAUGCUUCUGAAAAGUUGUUUCUUCUGAGUUGGAUUAUAUUAUAUAAGUGCUGGCAUAUAUGAACUACUAUAAGUAGUCUGUUUGAAUGUUUUAUAUGUAUUUUGGUCUAUGGCUUUUCCCUCUACUUUGAAGACAUUAUUUUGAAUUGCUUCUGUUGUAAACAUAUUGAAUUUGAAAUCUAAUUGUGUAUUUUUGAAAUAUGUUAA